GAAUGUAUGCACUCACUAACUGUAAUUCGCUCUGGAUAAGAGCGUCUGCUAAAUGACUAAAAUGUAUCCACAGGGUGUGUAGGCUUCUGUUCCAGCGCUAACACAUUACCUCCUCUAAUCAUCAAGCACUUGAUUAGCUAGUGGAAUUACUAAGGUGUUAGAAACAAAGUGCAUUCUCACAUGUUUUGUCCAAUGUUUUGUGCUCUCUGAUUAAAAUGUGUGUUAAGGCAGAUGCAUGUAUCAUCAUAGGAAUUAAAAUACGCUAUAGCUUUAAAGGAUUAGUCUUCUCCCGCUUGCACAAAGGACAAAGUACAGUGGGAGGAGUUUCUUCUGUGCCACUGGUGUGCUGCAUUGCCUUAGUCACAUCACAUGAUUUGCACGUGAUUCUGUUGUCGUCUUGAAAGGAAAACCUUUUAGCCAUGUCCUGUUCUAUGAGAAGUCUGGUGGAGGAUGAUGACAGAUACCUGAAGUCCUUCCAGCUGUUCCUGGAGCGCUCCUCUGAACACCAGUGCAUGCAGGACUUUAUCCAUGGCAUCCUGCCUGACAUACUAGCCAGCAUUGGAGAGGGAAAAGCCAAUCUUAAUAUGAUGGGAGUUGGAAGUGGAGCAGGUGAGAUUGACCUUGAGAUGUUCUCUCAGCUGCAUCUGAAGCAUCCUGCAGUAACCGUGGACAACCAGGUGGUGGAACCCAGCGCCCAGCAGCUCCACCUCUAUAAGGUGUUGGUGUCCCAGAAACCAAACCUAGACUAUAUUAAAUUCACUUGGAACAAGAUGACGGCCGCUGAGUUUGAGAAGCACUGGAGAGAGAACCAUUUGUCCAAGAAGAUGGACUUCAUUCACAUGAUACAGAUGUUGUACUACGUGAAGGACCCAGGUGCUACAGUCACAUUCUACCAGAGCCUCCUGGACAGGAAUGGAAAACUACUCAUCAUUCUGGUGUCUGGUGAGAGUGGCUGGGGGAAGCUGUGGAGAACCUUCAGGACUCAGCUGUGCAACACAGAGAUCAGUCAGUGUGUGACUACAGGUGAUAUUAAAGCCUACCUGGAGUCUAAGACAGUGAGUUACCAGAGCUACAAGCUGCCAUCUCAAAUGGACAUCACAGAGUGUUUCACUGAGGGGGACCAGAGAGGAGAACUGCUCCUGGACUUCCUGACUGAGGUGUUAAACUUCAGCUCCACAGCUCCUCCUGAGCUGAAGAGAGGAGUUCUAGACCUGCUGAAGACCCCAGACUGCAGCAAGGAGGUGGAUGGGAGGGUCAUCUUUAAUAACACCCUGGAGGUGCUGGUGGUCGACCCUCUACAGUAACAUAGGAAUAGAUCUCAAAAUGCUGUAGCAACAAUGUGUAUCACUGAUAAACACUGAGUAUACAAAAUAUUAGGAACACUUUCUCUUUCCAUGACAUAGACUGACCAGGUGAAUCCAGGUGAA